GAAGCAGCUCACUACAACCUGUCCCACUCUCUUUCCACUCAGACCCUGCACCGUCAGUCGCUAUUUCUUAUAAUCACUCUCUUUGUUCAGUGUCUUCGUUCCUUUCGUCGAUUGUUUUGCCGAGUUCUCGUGAUCCAAACAAGCAAUUCAACUACUACCAGUCUGAAAUAAUUAUUCCUCCCUCACUAUAGGGAAUUAUUGAGCUCAGAACACCUGCCGUGUACGCAAUAUUUUUUGGAGCUGACGAUCGACUGACCGACGAUUCCUUAGACUCUAGAGUAGCCUAAUAGAAGUUUUCACAUUAGUGCCAUGGCUUUUCUGUGGCGUGGCUAUGUCCAUGUGCUAGGCAAGUACCCUCUCCUGACUAUGUGUUCAACAACAGGUACACUGAUGGCAGCUGGUGAUGUUAUAGCCAAAUUGCGAUAGAGAAGACACCCAUGAAAGAUAUCAAUGGGAUUCGCACUGGAAGGUUUUUUGUGCUUGGUUUUUGUGCCUUGGUAAAUACUUGAUAGACCACCUUCACUCAAUAGGCCCAAUGAUGAGGUACUGGUACCUAUGCCUGGACAAAAUGUAUGCAGGAACACGCUAUGCACCAUUCAAAAUGGUUCUUACGGAUCAGAUGAUUGGAGCACCUAUUGUAAUUACUACAUUCUUAGCCGGCCUGGGUAUUCUGAAGGGGGAAGACUCAAAACAAAUUGUACAAAAAAUAAAGAUGAAUUUUGUUCCUCUUAUGAUCAACAAUUACAAGAUAUGGCCAGCUGCACAGAUUAUAAAUUUUUACUUUAUGCCUCUUCAGCAUAGGGUCCUGUUUGUGAACUUUGUGGCACUAGGAUGGAACACAUUCUUGGCCUGGUUCAGUGAACGCAGUGAGCAGAGAUAAGGAAAAGAUGACAACUUUAUUUGCUAUGAUGUGUCUGUUAAAUUUUAAUGAAGCCCGACAUCUUUCUAGGUCAGAGCAUAAUCAUGAAUUAAAUCAGU